AUGGGGCGUUUCAAUCAGUCGUCAGUUCAUUUGGAGGAUAAGAUGCCGGAAAUUUGCAUUGCUGCUUUUGAGUUAGGGCUUCAGCCAGGUAGCUUUAACAGCAAUCUGAGUCGAAAGCCUGUUGAAACGAUGGUUGAAUUGCGAAGCAGAGUGCAAGGCUUUAUUCGCGAAGAACAAAGUGACCGCAUCAAGAAGGAUCGUCGGAAUUCAGGGGUUCCAGGCCAACAUCAGGCGAAAGAUUCCAAGAAGGCGGCGGUUAACGAUCAGCGUUCAGGCGGAGCGGUUGGGAAAGGAGAUAGAGGUUACAACAAUUCGGGACGAUACGAUAACCGUUCCAAUUAUCAACAUCGUGCUCAGCCCUACGGAAAUCGUGGGUAUGGAAAUAUGACGUGGACCAGAAAUCAAGAGGAAAAGCAGACCCCACUAGCGGUUAAUUUAACUGAGGCUUUGCACAUGUGUUUGGAGGCCAACACGAUCUGUUUCCUAAAGCAACCGAAACGCCCACAAGGCAACGUGGACAAAACUAAAUGGUGUGAGUACCAUAGGAUCGUGGGACACAACACAGAUGAUUGCUUUACACUUAAAAAAGAAAUUGAGGCUUUAAUAAAAGCGGGACACAUGAAGCAGCUGGAAAGGCGAAAGGAUUCAGAUGGGGCUGGAACUUCAGCAAACAGCGAUGAAGCAGGGAAUGAGAUUGAAGAAGCAGAACCCAAGAAGCAGGCCGGCGCAGAAGUUAAGGGGCGCAUCCAUUCAAUCUUUGGAGGAUUUCGAGGCGGAGGAUUAACAAGUUCUUCGCGAAAGAAGUACAUUCAUUCCAUGAAUGCGGUUUAUGCUAGCGAUUGGGGAAGCUGGGGAUUGCAGCCCGAUAUCACUUUUUCUGUUCGAGAUUUUGCAGGUGUAAAGCCUCAUGAGGAUGAUCCAAUUGUGGUGAUGCUGACGAUCGCUAAUUUUGAAAUUGAGAGGGUACUGUUGGAUCAGGGAAGCUCUGCUGACUUAAUUUAUGGAGAUGCUUACGAGAAGCUUGGGCUUACAGAAUCUGAUUUGUUGCCAUAUGAUGGGGCGUUGGUUGGUUUUUCAGGUGAAAGAGUAUUUGUCAGAGGUUAUGUGGAGCUGGAAACUGUUUUUGGAGAAGGGAAGAAUGCAGAAUCUUACUCCAUAAAGUUUCUGGUGAUAAAGUGUACAUCUCCGUUUAACGUACUCAUAGGGCGACCAUCUUUGAACAAGUUGGGAGCUAUAAUUUCAACGAGACACUUAACAGUCAAGUAUCCAUUGACUAAGGGGGGCGUAGGAGUUUUAAAGGCUGAUCAGAUGGUUGCAAGGAAGUGUUAUUCUGAAAGUUUCAAACAGUAUGGUCAUAUGGGAAAGCGAGCGGUCAAAGAGGGACACAAAGUUUAUGGAGUUGUUCCGGUCUAA